CCACUACACUCCCAGUAACCCCCUGUUGUCCUUCGAAAAAGAUCCCUACCUCAGCGCACAUCUCAAAGUGACAAUCUCUACAGACUGCGCGUGUCGACAGAGCACCCCAUCUCUCUGUGAAUGCCGCAUAAGACUCACGACGCGCCCCUUCCCACCCAUCGUCAUCCCGCGCGUCAGUCUCUCAUCCGAUUCCCCACACCCAUGUUGUCCGCAACAAUCCCAGUUCAAGGCUCGAAUACCAGCGGCCCACGACGCCGCAACUCGAGUAUUCAAUAGCAGCCCUCGGUCUAGUUCCUCACCCGUCCUCUACCAUGUCAUCCUCGAUCAUGAUGAGCCGACCGCAGACUACGCGCCGGUCCUCCAGGGUACCAGGUGGAUUCGAUGAGGAAGAGGACGACAUGUCACAGGCUGGAAGUGCCGAUUGGGAUGUGCAUCUCGACUCACAACUUGCCGACUCCUUUCUUCCCGGCCCCAAAGACCCGAGCAGCCUCCUGCAAGGGGUCGACGAGAACACUCACCUCGACCUACCUGCGAACCGAACACUGGACGAAACCGAAAUGAAUAAAAAAUUGCUCGAUGUUGAGUCCAGCUUCCUACCAGAGCCGUCGCAGAUAAUUAGUCGGAGCUCUGCAAACAGUGGCGCAGACGACACUUAUCAAUUCGGAGUUCCAAACGAUAAUAUCGCAGUGCGCAAGAAGCCGCAUCCCAUAAAAAUCUCCCACCCAUACGGGGACAGCGAAAGUCAUACCGGACCGGACGCAGUUCCCGCACAAUCUCCUCGAACGCCUCCCGGCGGGUACAAGACUCCCGCGCCAGGAGACCAAGAGUUUUCAAACAUGGGCGACAGCAUCGGCCUCACCCCAGAGGCACCAAGUACCUCUGCGCUCGAAAACAUGUCUUCCUCUCCGACGGCUGCUGCUGCUGCGCGGACUCUAUCUAGAGUGCAAUCUCUCGCGACGAUGGGUGGCUACGAAACAGCACAAGAACAUGAAGAUGAGCCCAGGACUAGUACGAGACUGGGACAGCAUCGGAAUGAUGAGGACGAGACGCCACGAAAGAACGGCACACAAAAUGACCAGGACAAUCAGUACCUUGGAGUGCCUAACCGACAUGACGGGUCACAAGAGAGCGGUGCAAGUACUUCCCGGACAACCUCGAGGCGCCCACAAUACCUUCACAAAAGAUCAUCGCACGCACGCCUAUCCUUUGACUCGAUAGCCAGUUCGGCCACUGAGGCCAGCGAUGCAACUCUCGCCGCGGACUUUGCUCUCCAGACUGGGGGCGCCUUACCAGAUUCUAGUGCACAGCGUAAGGCUAGGACGCCCCUUUCACGACAGGCUAGCUUGGGAAGCAUGAUGUCCGGGAUAUCAGGAAUCAGCGAUGACGAACCCCGAACACAGCGUCAUGCUAGCGCGACAGAUUUGGACACUCUAGAGGAAGAGAGUCCGAAAUCAAAUAAUGCUGGCGGCUUGACGACCCCUCGUGCUUCCACGUUUAACUUCAACAUGCCUACAGACACUGUCAUUGCAAACAAUGUCCGAGAUUUGGAGGUCCCAGGUACUUUUGCUCGUCAAUAUCGUCAAGAACGAAGCAUGUCACCAGAUAAGAACACUGGCGUAUUUGGACUAACGCCAGGCCCUAAGAGGGGGUUGACACUGAAGGAGCACAGGAGUACUGUUGAAAAGUUAGGUAAAGAGAACUUUGAUUUGAAGAUGAAGAUCCAUUUCCUGGACCAGGCACUACAAAAAAGGUCAGAAGAUGGUAUAAAAGAGAUGAUUACAGAGAAUGUACAAUUAAAGUCGGACCGGCUACGUUUGGAAAAGGAUAAUCAUAAUCUGCGGAAACAGGUUCGAGAGCUACAAAAGAAACUCGAGGAGACCGGUAACAGGGAGUCGCCGAAUGCUGACCAGGGCUACGGCACGGACGAGGAGAGAAGCCCUACUGCUGAAGAAGAGGUGAUCUAUCUUCGUGAGAGAGUGGAAAUCAGCGAAAUCGAGAUUGAAAAACUACGGUCAGACAAUCUUGCGAAGGAGACCGAGAAACGACGACUUGCCGAAAUGGUCAAAUCACUGGGCGACACUCGAGCUGGUACUUCUGACGUUGGCUCGAGAGAGGAGCGCGACAUGUGGAAAGAUAUGCUCGAGGCUGAGACAAUCGCCCGUGAACAAUCCGAAGAAGACAACAAGAAACUGCGCGAAGAGGUUGCAAAGUUGAGGAGCGAUAAUUCGGUUUCUGCCUGGGCAAAUCCACGCAAGACCCGUAUCGGAGGCUCAGUUGUUUCGCGUUCUAGCAGUGUAGAAGCUGCAAAUGCUCAAAAUGCGGAGAUUGAGCGACUGAGACAUGAGGUUUCCGAGCUUCAGAAGAUGAUAGGUGCACAGGCAUCAACACUGACGUCCCGAAACAAGGAGAAGGAGCGUCUGUAUCAGGAAAUCGAAGACCUGAAAUUGGGGCGGAUGGGCGGUCUCCGCAGCGUGGCUGGCGACAGCAUAUUGGACCGUUCAGCUUCAAGGGCAAGAUCUCACUCCAGGGCAAGUAACGGUACGAGGAUGUCUCGGCUAAGUGACCAAGAGAGAGAGACGUUGGAGACGAGGAUUAACGAGCUUCGAGAUGAAGUUUCUCAGAUGAAACUCGAAAACCAGAACCUCCAGAGCCAAUUCGACGAGGCACUGGCCGAACUCGAUGCUGUGGAUGCCCAGGCUCAAGCUGACGCCGAUCAGUUCAACGAGGAGCUCCAAUUGCUGACACAAGAGCGUGAUAAUGCUCUUCGCGAUGCUGACGAGCAAGAUCAAGCUUUUCAACAACUGAAAAACGAAGCUCAGGAGGAGAUUGAUGGGCUGGGAGACGAACUCGACGCCAAGGUUGAGGAAUGUGCACGAUUGGAGCAGGAGCUCAAAGCCCAAGUCGAAAAUGUCAAAGCGCUACAAGCAGAGAUGAGAUCUGCUGCUGAAGGCCUUAUCCGUCUCGAAGAAGAUGCGCAACAGAACCUCGCUCAAUACAAGUCGGUCAAGGCGGAGCUGGACGAUGCGAACCGCGAGCUCGAGAACCUUGAGAAGACCCUUGCCGAGGCCGAGAGCAAGAACCAGCGACUUACAGUACAGCAGGAGAGCAGUCAUAAUGAGAUCGCCUUCUUACGCGAAGAGCAAGAUGCUGACAAGAUCAAGAUUGGAGAUCUGGAAUCCUUGCUCAAGAAAGUUCACCUCAACUUGGAAUCUGAGAGAGACAAGAGCAGAGACUUGGAACGCCGCAUCAAUGAAGAGAGGGCUCAGAGAGACGCAGUGGCCAAUCAAGAAAAGCAAGAGGUGCAGAGAGUCAUCAAUGACCUCAAUCGUGAAGCAUCUGGGGCCAAAGAUGAGCUUCGAAAAGUCCGCAAGGCUCUAUCGGCUCGUGACAUCGAGGCAAAUACCUACAAGGACCGCCUGUCAGAGCUUGAGGAGAGCUUGCGGAAUAUCGUUGGUGAUCCGAGUAUUUCUCGGUCAGGCAUCAUUAGUACUGUCACCAAGAUGAGACGGGAGCUUGAUCAGACGACUGUCGAUCUUGAAACUGUACGCAGACGACUUGAUGAGAGCGAGAACCUGCUCGCUGACCGCGACGCUCUGCUUGAGUCGACCAGUCUUGAAUGCAAGAAACUGGCCGACGCAUAUGAGCGUGAAAAGUCGGGUAGGCGUCAAGACAAGCUGGACUUUGAACGUACCAACAAGGGUCACAAUUCGACUACCCGUGCACUCUCAUCGGCAUCGGCAAGAAUCGCAGAGCUCGAAGGACUGCGGCAAGCUGAUCGAAAGCGAGCGUUGCAGACAGAGAACCAAUUCAAAGAACAACUCACCGAGCGCAAUCAGAUUCUGCUCAACCUGUGGAAGCGACUGUCUGCUAUGUGUGGACCUGACUGGGCACAUAAUAACAGCCUCAUCAACGGCAACUUGCCGUCGCAGGAAGUCAUCGGCAAUAUGCUGUUCUGGCCUGGUUUCAGCAGGAAUUUGCUUCUUGCUGCUAAGCAAGUCGAAGGCAUACUGACCACGUUCAAGGAUAAGAUUAAACGCGUGGAGCGGGAGUUGGACAAGGAAUACCAGGCUCUCGAACAGACUCUAGAGGUGCGCACUCGAAAACUCGAGCGCAUCGAGGAGAGCUGGGAGAAGAUGAAGCUGAAAAUGUCCGAAAUGGAAGCGCGCAUGCACACAGAUCCUCGCUCGCGGAUACCCACGUCGAGCAGAACUCCGGAGAUUAGUAAACUCAAAGGCGAGAAUCGGUUGCUGAAGGCCGAAUUGGCACUCCUCCAGCAGCAGCAAGCUCAUCAUAACUUGAACCAUCGACGGGAGCGGAACGAGAGUCGCGCAUCGGGGUACUCGGGCGGGAUGACGCAUGAAGGACCGGGCUCAACGCUAGACGGGGCGUUGAGUGGUGCAGUUGGUGUACCCGCACGCAGCUCGAGUAUGCGAAGACAUCGCAAUAUGGAACUACAGCGACACCAUUCGACGGGCACCGUGGAGCAGGUCCUGGGAAUGAAUGGAGAUGUGCUGAGUCUGCGAAGCAAUUCGAUCUCGAGCCGGGUGUCGGGCUAUGCGCACAGCGAGAGGGAGAGGGAGCGGGAGCGCGGAUUGAUGAUACCAGCUGGUCCGUUUAAUGCACCGGCCAACGGGAACUUUUCGCUACCGCCACCCCGAGAGGCGCCACCUGCUCCACCAAGUACAGGGACGGCGUCGGCGAGCGGGACGAGCGAUAUUGCGAGCAUUACCGGCGGGCAGGGCCAGGGGCAGGAGAAAUGGAUACACAGACUCAGGGAGCUGGAGAGGCGGUUAAAAGCGGAACGUGAGGCGAGAUUAUUGGACCGGAGUGGGGCCCGCAAGAGGCUUGAGGAGCGCGAUGCGGUCAAUGAGGAACUUAGGCGGGAGUUGGAGAGGGAGAGGGUCAAGAGAAGUGUUGGCCUCGGCGGUGAGGAGGGUGGACAGCAUGCUCUGUUGCAGCCUUUUGUGGCGGGCGAAGCGCAGCCUGCAGAACUCGAGGAUCAGAGUGGUGGGAGGAAGCGUUAGGGUCGUUUUAGGGGGUGGAAGUUGAAGAUUGGAUGAUCUUGACGUUGACUUCAAUGGUUGUCUUGUGUUUUGUCUCGCUCGGUGUUGGUGAAUGGUGGGAAAGGGUUACGGUAUAGGGUUUUGGAAUUUGGUAAUCUGGAAGCGCGUGGUCGAUUAGGCGUGCAAUACGCAGUGUAUCAUUAUACUCGACUUGGGUCAGAACCCUUGUAUCAAUAUAUGGGAUCGGCGACGGACCAGUCGAAGACUAUUCAGCGAUG